AUGAGCUCGCCGACCAGCACACGUACGAGUUUGUUCAGGGGUAGUCCCCUGGGAAGUACCACCAGGUCAGUGUCAUACCGAACACUGGCUAGGAAUGCUCCGACUGUGUUAAACCUCAAGAUAGAACUUGAAGCCCUCGCGGACCCUUCUUGUCAACAUUAUGCAUACUAUGAUCUAAACUCAACCGUCAGCUUCAUUGCCGCGCUGGACAGUCUGGAGGCUUACAUCGAGGCCGAGGGCCCCUUUGACGGGGUGAUGGCCUACUCCCAGGGCGCCGGACUCGUUGCCAUGCUCUUGGUGCGCAGGCAGUACCUGAAACCCCUUGAGGCGCCUCUGUUCCGAUGUGCCAUCUUGUUCUCACCAGUGCAGGUCUAUGACCCUGUGGCCUAUCUUGAAAGAGGGGAAGCGGUGGUCCUAGACCGUGUUGCGUCUGGCAUGUCUGCCAUCCCCAUCCCUAUCGUCAUCAUCUACGGUGAAGUGGACGAAAGGAAGAACGAGUGUUUGGGACUGCAAGGGAUCUGUGAUCCUAAUCUGCUCUCCGUUUUUGUUCAUGAAGGUGGUCAUGAAGUCCCCGGCAUGGGUGUUAAAGGGGAAGCACUAAGGGAAACUGUCAAAAUGGCUCGCCGAGGCAUCACUCGGGCUGAGCUUGCAGUUGUAGCUUGA